AGAGUAGAAGCAGCCGCGCGGCCGUACACAGACUUCUGGAUCAUUACUUCGGCAAUAAAUUCCCAUCUCGCUGCUAUUACGACUUCUUGCAUCUCCACCUAACUUCCAAUAACGAAGAGGACAACUACCACAGCAAAACGCUAGAAUGGAUCGCUUCCAUUCAAGUAUGUGCUAUUGCUAUGGGCAGCGUACCGUGGUCACGGAUCCGUUCCGCUGACUUGCUGCUAGUGAACCCCUUCGCCAGGAGGGACUCGCAUAGCCCGAACUCGGUGACCACCUACAAGGUCCUGACGCUGCUCACCUGGCUGCUCUCGGUCAUCGUCACCGUCUACUACGACAUUGAGCCUCCCCAGGACGGCAAGUACCAUGGCGGAACCAUCUGGCACCAGAACUACCACCACUACUCGGGCUUUACCCUCAACUCGGUCAUCACCUCCAUCUACUGGGCCGUCCUCUUCAUCCUCCAGCUAGGCUACAUCUCGCACCUCUUCUCAUCCAAAGUCGAGUCGGUCAAUGCGGCCUGCGCCGUAGGCAGCCACUUCAUCGUCAACAACCUGCUGCACUUCGCCUUCGUCAUGCUCUUCGUGCGCUCGCACUUCGUCUGGGCCGAGAUCAUGCUGCUGCUCAACUUCGCCAACCUGACCUCGCUCUACUUCCGCCACCACGCCUACCCGCGCUUCAUCCACCUGCCGGCCGUGUCGGGCCCGCUGGCCUGGACCUUCGUGGCCAUCUACUGGAACGGCGCGAUCAUGGUGCCGCACCACAACAGCCUGGUGGCGCGCGUCUUCGCGAAUGUCUUUGCGUGGUCCAUCCUGGGCUAUGGCAUGUUCUUCAUCAUCAUCUACAAGGACUAUACCAUGGGCUUCGCGCUCAGCGUGCUCUCGGCCGCCCUGGGGGUCGCGCAGUUCUUCCGCCAGGUCAUUGCCUUCCAGUGGAUCUUUGCCUUCACCAUCAUGGCCGUGCUGUUUGUGUUCACCGUCAUCGUGGCGGUGCCGGCGUGGGCUGGCCGGGAGCUGCCGUGGGGCGGCGCGGCCGAGAGGCGCCAGCCCGAUGCGGAGAGGGCUCCGCUGCUUGGGGAGAACUAGGUCCGCUUGUGACCUGGGCGAUACACGUGCAGGGGAUGGAGGAAGGAUACCUACACUAUGUGUGUGGCAUCUGCAAAAAAGUAACAGGGAACUGGUGGAAAGUGGCCCGGAGAAAGCAGGAGAUUGCGGCUCGGCUCGGGUUUGCUAGCGUUUUGUGAUGUCGGAACCGAAGGGAUGAGAUUGGUGUUGAUGGGAGGAACUCAUUCUACGGGUUCUCUUGGGAUUCAGGCCUGCGGUAAUCUCAGUUCACG